GAACAAGUACGGAGUUCUCCAUCCCGUAUAAAUAAAUCAACCUUGCAUGCUCAAAAGUCUACUACUAGACGUCCUAAUCGAAAAAGAAUCAACUUAGAGAGCCAAGUUCAAACUGGAUUUCAACAUCUUGAAGAGUCUCGAACAAGCUUAUUGGAUACGUUGCCGGUUGAACCGAUGUGGAAAUUUUGGUGGGAAGCAAAUAGGCUGUUGAUGAAUGACGAAGAUGUUCGUGAUGGAUUUAUGAAAUUACGGAGUGAAGAAAAUAAAAUU